AUGACUCGACGUGAGAUCCCCGCGACUAUCAAUCUAAGUACGUUCAACGAUGUCACUAUAGAAAACCUUGUCUCUCUACAAACGAAAAUAAAGAAUACCAUAAGCCGCGCCAGUUUUAUCGCUUUAGAUGCUGAAUUUACUGGGUUGGGUGGUCGACAUGCUGAUACAAAAGCAUUUAAUCUUGAGGACAGAUAUGAAAACUUGUGCAAGGUUGCAAAGUCAUAUGCCAUACUGUCCUUGGGGUUUACGACGUUCGAAUUGCUGUCGACGGAGGAAGGCGAAAUACGAUCAAACGAGCUGGAAAAGUCGUAUGCUGUCCACAACUUUAGUUUUACUCUUUCUUGUCAGAGCGAACAUAAAGUCAGUCCAAAUAGUUUAAAAUUCUUGGCUGGAGUCGGCUUUGACUUUCACAAACAAUUGAUGCACGGAAUACCUUACGAACCUGGUCCUGAUAAGGCUGUUCAUUAUCCAAAUCAUCCUAAUGUUAUAAUGAGAUCGAUAUUUUCACACAUUCUCGCCCAAAAAAUACCUCUAGUAGUGCAUAACGGGUUUCUAGAUCUCAUAUUCAUAUAUUAUGCAUUCUACGCGGAUUUACCACCAGAUCUCAACUCAUUUGUAGCAGAUCUCACCGAGAUGUUUCCUGCGGGCAUUAUCGAUACGAAGUAUAUAUCGUCUUACGUGACGGACGAGAAAACAACUUUCUUGGCUUAUUUGUAUCGAAAAUAUGAGAGAGAGCAAUUCGAGAGAAAGAUGACUGGUAAGAAAGAGUACUUGGAUAUGAAGUUUCAAGAAAAAUUGUCGUGUAUACCAGUCAAGCGAUCAAGAGACGAAGAGGAUGAUUAUGAGUCAAGUUCUCAUGGUCAUAACGGGCGGAUGCACAAAACUCGAUAUGGAAAUGAGAAAAAUAGGAGAAAGUAUGAAGACGAUACUGAUGAUGAUGACAAGUUGCCUUAUUGUCAGCAAUAUGCUUCGUACGGAUAUUGCAGGAUGAACAUGCAAUGUGGUAAAUCGCACGAUCUCGAUUUGAUACUUGAUUAUGAGACUGAACAGGAAGGUAGACGGAAGCACCAUAACUUUGACUCCACUUCAAAGGCUUUGAAGGAGACUAGAGUCUCACAUUCAAUAAAAACGAAGGAUAGUGAUUCUUCGACUGAGGUAUUUCCAUCGUCACCAUCGAUGGAAUCUGCGUCUACGUUCGAGACCGAACAUUCAUCAUCAAGGUUUCCUGUAAAUAAUGUAAAGAUAAGCGCAAAAGCGAAAACUAUUAAUGACAUUAAUCAUUAUAGAGAGAAUUCGUUAAGUGUCACACCUAGGACGAAAGAAAAUAUUGAAACAUAUCACGCGGCGCACUUUGAUUCGUACAUGACUGGAUUUGUAUUCGCAAGACAAUUAUUAGUACUUUCGGAAGUAGAGGUGCUAAAUGAACACAAGAACAAAUUGUAUCUUAUGAACAAGGAUAGGCCACUGCUUGUACAAAAGAGCGAAUUCGCUCACACUAGUGAAGGGCAUAGAACGAAAGCAGAAGCAAUCAGUAGAUCGAAAUAG